AGCCGCAUUAGUACCGGCGCUUCGGGUGUCAGGCAACGCUGUUGGGCGGAGAAGCUGCGCGCUCGGGCUACCCCGUUUUUUGUUUCCCCCUCCCCUCGCCCUGCCCGCCUCGGUUGGCCCUGUGGCUGGAGGCGGUUGAGCUGGGGCUCCCAGCCCGUUUCUCCUGCUCGCCGCUCUGGUCCCCACCGAGUCUCUGGCUUGAGGGCGGCACCGCCACCACCAUCACCUCAGCCCCGAGAUGUUUGACAAGACGCGGCUGCCUUAUGUGGUGCUGGACGUGGUCUGUGUGGUCCUAGCUGGCUUACCCCUUGCUGUUCUAAACUUGGCAAAAGUAAAACCGUAUCAGAGGGGCUUUUUCUGUAAUGAUGACAGCAUCAGCUACCCGUUCCAUGACAGUACCAUCACAUCUACUGUCCUCUACACAGUGGGGUUCACUGUGCCCAUUUGCUCUAUAAUAAUAGGAGAGGCCCUUUCGGUAUAUCACAACUGUUUGCACUCUAACUCAUUUGUGAGAAAUAACUACGUUGCUGCUAUUUACAAGGCUCUGGGGACAUUCCUUUUUGGUGCAGCUGUUAGCCAAUCUUUGACAGACAUUGCCAAAUAUUCAAUAGGUAGAUUGAGACCUCACUUUCUGGACAUAUGUAAACCAGAUUGGCGUAGUAUCAACUGUAGUGCUGGUUACAUUGAAAACUUCAAAUGCCUUGGAGACAAAGUAAAGGUUAACGAAGGAAGACUGUCAUUUUACUCUGGACAUUCGUCAUUCUCCAUGUAUUGCAUGAUGUUUCUAGCACUUUAUCUUCAGGCCAGAAUGAAAAAUGACUGGGCAAGACUUUUGCGUCCUACAGUCCAGUUUGGACUUGUUGCUUCAUCCAUUUACGUGGGCCUCUCCCGUAUUUCUGAUUAUAAACAUCACUGGAGCGAUGUAUUGACUGGACUCAUCCAGGGAGCACUGGUAGCAACCCUUAUUGUUGUGUAUGUCUCAGAUUUCUUCAAGGAGAGAGGGCGUACAUUUAAACAGAAGGAGGAAGAAGAUUCACAUACAACUCUACAUGAGACGCCUACCAAUGGAAAUCACUACGGCAGUAAUCACCAGCCAUGAUAUGUUCAAGAGCUAUUAUCCUGUGGAAUCUCCUGCUAUUUAAAAGGAAAAUUUCACAAAUAUUUCUUGUCUAAUGUAAAAAACAAAUAAAUGCCUUUUGAAGGG